AUGUCAACGACAGAGCUAUCCACUGCUAAAAUCACACCUCUUUCCAACAAGGCUGUCCUGGAGAAGAAGCCCAUUUCAUACCAAACAUUGUUGCUUGGUGCAGGUUUGAAUUUAUUCGAGACCUCAACAUUGGGUCAACCUUUUGAAGUCAUGAAGACGCAAAUGGCAGCCAACCGUGGUCAACCAAUGUUGACAGGUCUGAAAGCCAUUUACAGUCGUGGCGGUAUUCUUGGUUUCUACCAAGGUCUUAUUCCUUGGGCUUGGAUCGAGGCAAGCACAAAAGGUGCUGUGUUACUUUUCACUGCUUCUGAAUUAGAGUAUCGUGCUUCUGUCGCUGGUGCAUCUCCAUUUUUGGCCGGUAUCGUUGGUGGCAUGGGCGGUGGUAUUGCUCAAGCCUAUAGUACAAUGGGUUUUUGUACAUUUAUGAAGACAGUUGAGGUUACCCGACAGAAAUCAGCUGGCACUGAGUCAACAUUCAAGAUUGCUGCCGACAUUUAUAAGAGAGAGGGUUUCGCAGGUAUCAAUAAGGGUGUAAAUGCUGUUGCUCUUCGUCAAUGCACCAACUGGGCAUCCAGAUUUGGUAUCGCUAGAUUUGCCCAGGAAGCUAUUGUAAAGGCAAGACAUGGUGAGAAAGGUUUGGCUGACGGUGUAGAUAAGGCUUUGGCAUCCAUCGCUGCCGGUGCACUGUCUUGUUGGAAUCAGCCUCUUGAAGUCAUUCGUGUAGAAAUGCAAAGUCAGUUGAAAGCAGAAGGUCGCCCUGAAAAGAUGACGAUCGGCUCUGCAACCAAGUACAUUUACAAGAAUAAUGGUCUGAAGGGAUUUUAUAGAGGUGUCGUUCCUCGCAUUGGUCUUGGUAUCUGGCAGACAUUGGUUAUGGUGGCAUUGGGUGAUUAUUUCCGUGCUCGCUUGUAA